ACACAUGUAAAUGAGAUAAUUGAAGUAGAUCAAGUUACAAGUUGGCAAGACUCUCAGGUUGAAGGGGAUCAGGUUGAUCCUUCUAUUUUGGAGAUGCGUGAUGAAGUUGAAGAUGAGAAUGAAGACGUUGUUGAUGAUAAUAAUGAAGGGGACCAGCAAGACAAUCAAGUUGAUGAUGGUGAUGUAGAUGAAUAUAACUAUGCGUCUGAUAACAACACUUGAAAUUCACAAUGCCUCCGAAACAAAAAGAGAAAGGCAAGAGCAAGGACCCCAGGAGGCGGUUCACAACACACAUUGCGGAUCCAGCCACACUUGCCACAUUGACUCCCUUUCCCAGACCACCCUCUUCUUCUAGCCAGGGAUCGACUGGGUCAUCCCAAGCUAGUGCUGCUGCACCCGCUGGAGGGUCUGGUGUUGUUGCACCUGUUGGUUUUAUCCUCCCUACAGGUUACCAGUUGCCUCCUCCACCCACAUUUCCUCAUGGGCAGAUCGGCUUUAUGAUCCCUCAACAUCAACAACCCCCACCACCCCAACAUCAACAACCCCCGCCCCAACCCCAACCCCAACAGGGUGUUGAUGAUGAUGAUGAGGAGAUGGCAGAUUAUCCGCAAGAUGAACAAGAGCGUUACAUCAUUGUGCCUAGCGGGAACUCUUUCAUGCCCUGCAAGCCAGCCGCCAGUGCCAUUAGAGACAUCAUCCAGGGAAGGUUUCAUGGAUUUUGGAAGACUUAUGGUGAUAUCCCAGAUGAUGAAAAGGAUGCAUGGUUUGGUCUUUUUGAGAUGAAGUGUACCUAG